AUGGUGCCCCAUGCUAAGAAGGAAUCUCCUGCCCUUCUCAAAGCUGAAGCCAAAGCCAAAGCUUUAAAGGACAAGAAGGCAGUGGUAAAAGGCUCCACAGCCACAAAAAGAAGACAAUCCCACCUUAUCUACUUUCUGGUGGCCCAAGACAUUGUGGCUCUGGAGGCAACCCAAAUAUCUUCAAAAGAGAGCUCCAGGAGAAACAAGCUUGACGGUUAUGCCAUCAUCAAGUUCCCUGUGACCGCUGAGUUGGCCAUGGAGAAGACAUUUGUGUUCAUUGUGGAUAUCAAGGCCAACAAACACCAAAUCAAAUAA